GAUGGCCCGAGUACUCAGCACUACAUCUACUGGUCCCCUGUUCUCAUCAUCCUGAUGCUCAUCGCGAUCGCGUGCCUCAUCAUUUACCACCGCUACAAAGCUCGGAGGAUGUCGUCACCGCCACGCCCGCCGCCACCACAGCAGCCGCUCGCCUCCUGCAAGACACCACAAGAGGCGCGGGACCACUCGGACGGGGAGGGGGUGACUUACGCAUCGCUCGACGACCACGCCCUCAACCCCUCCCGCGCUGCUCAAUCCUCCCGCGGUCACCUCGGCCCCGGCUCCCGCGACCCCUCCCACGUGAUCUACGCCUCCCUGCAGGGCGACGGCGGCGGCUACGGCGGCGACGACAGCGACGUCGUUGCCUAUGCGGCGCUCGACCAGUGGGCGCUGAACCGCCGAGGCCCGGGUCCGACCCCUCACGCGGGACAUGGCGGAGUGGGUCGCGGCGCCGACGGCGACUCUGACCGCGUCGAGUACGCCCGAGUGGUCGUCGGGGCGACGGACCGCAGAGGUCGCGGAGGUCGCAAUGGUCACAAAGGUCAAGUUUAGGGUGACUGGGUGGGGGGGGGGAGGUCACGGAGGUCGUGGAGGUCACAAAAGUCAUUGGCAAGAUCACGGAAGUCACGGUCAUGGAUGUUACAACGGUCACAAGGGUCACAGAGGUCAAGGUCGGGUGAUGGGCAAAGUGGUGAAUGUUACAGAGUGAAGGUCACGAAUGUCGAUGUGGUCGGGAUGGCUGAUGGGAAGGAGUUUGAAAAUAAUUUGGAUGUGAUGAAGUGAGGAAGUAGCCCCAUCGGUGGAGAGAGGCCUCGAAAAAUGAUUGGUCGGGAGGCGAGGUUCAAAAGGGGGUCGGAGGAGAGAUUCAAAACCGCAAAAAGGCGGAUAAGCAAAGGUUCGAUGGUGGAGGCAACCAUAAUGGAGGGGUUUUUUUGGGUUAGAUCGCGUAAAUAUAGAAAUGUGGCGUUAAAACCUGCCACCACCCGACACAGCCAACUGGUAAGGGUUGUCACAUAAACAGAACGUGGCCAACUCGUCACUAUUACAGCACUAGUGUUUAGUGUAUAGUGUAGUGUAUAAUGUAGUAUACUAGUACAGCACACCGGUGUAUUGGAGAGCCAAGCCACAACAUUUGCUCUCUGAGCAUGGCGUUUCGCCAGUAAUUACAACCAGCUUCAUCAGGCGAAAGACAGAUUUGUGGAGAAGCCCACCUGUUUCGUUCCUCACAAACAGAGAGGUGCAGAUGUGGUGGCCAAGCUUCUACGCUCUUGCGC